UUUCAUGUCCCCUACAGCCGAAUGUGCUGUAGGUCACAGGCUGUGGAUGCCCUGAUGGUCCUCUGUACCUUUAAGGGAACCACAUACCUUUUUUCAUCCAGCAGACUCUGUGUGAUGUGAACUAUCAUCAAUUUACGGGAACCUUUAUUCCCACAGUGGAGCCGAUGAGGAGGGACUGACGCUGCGCCGAGCGCUCUUUGCCACAUCUGCAGCAUUUGAUUAGUUUGUGAGAACAAAAGAACAGGAUUUCCUGAGCCAAAUGGAAUCACAUUUUUCUCUGCUGUAAUUUCAAAUAUUUUACUUUUUUAAAUUUGGCUAUAAUUCAGACAUGUAUAGUUUUGCGGUCCGCGUGUUUUGGGGUAUUAUUCUUUGUGCACCAUAUCAGUGCUUGGAGUGUCCUUUUGGCUGCGAGUGCUUCACUGUCACCCGCACGGUGAAAUGUGUUUCCAAGGAUUUGCUCAUGGUGCCACAAAAUAUUCCAGGGUAUGCCAGGACUGUCGUCAUCACUGGGAAUAUUGUGAACCAGAUUGGACCUGACUCGUUUACAGAGCUGGAGAAUGUAACUAACAUUAUUUUAAGCAAUAACAGGAUCACAGAGAUGGCAUCCCACACCUUUUCUGCCCUCGUCAACCUGCGCUUCCUGGACCUCAGUGGCAACCAGCUGGCUCUGAUCCAUCCAGAGGCUUUCAGCAUACCUGGCAGCCCCCUCCAGGAGCUCAACCUGAGCCGUUCUCUGUACAACUUCACCGCCCUGACAGACCUAACCACGGCUCUGCGCUGGGGUGGCCUCGGAGGUCUCCUCCGCCUCGACCUCUCUGGGAACCACCUGGCCCUGCUGCCCCCGGGGUUGUUCUCUCACCUCCCCAAUCUGCAGCAGCUCUUCCUCACCAAGAACUCUUUGGCUGCAGUGUACAGCGGGACCUUCUCUGGCAUGAAUCACCUGGAGGUGCUGGACCUGACGCACAACACCAUCAGAACAUUCAGGGCUGAUUCUCUCCAAGAGUUGGAGAAGCUCGGGGACAUCCGAAUCCUUCUCGGUAACAACCCCUACACCUGCUCGUGUGAGAUCCAUAAUUUUGUGGAAUGGCUGAACAACACUAAAGCUCACGUAGAUGUGGAAGCCGUGAGAUGCGCGUCGCCAGAUGCAUUAACCAGCACCCGACUGCGAGGGCUCAAUGUCGAGGACAUUGGGUGUGUUGUCCCACUCCCCUCGGUGGUGACAGACCUCUCCCUACAGACAUCCUAUGUCUUCCUAGGGGUGGUGCUGGGGUUCGUGGGCAUGGUUUUUCUCUUUGUGCUCUACCUGAACCGCAACGGCAUGAAGAAGUGGAUCACUGAGAUGAGAGAAGCUUGCCAGGAUGUUCUGGAGGGCUACCACUACCGCUAUGAGAUUGACUCAGACCCUCGGCUGGGCCACAUCGCAGCAGACGCCAGCGUGGCGCAGCGGCAUUUAGGAUUAGCUCUCUCACAGGAGCCGCCCAAUGACACUUGCAUUGUCCAGGUUCCCUCAGACACAAAAGUCAAACAGGUGACGACCUCUCAUCCUGUAUGAUCCAUAAGUUAAGGCAAAUGUAAAUAGUUUACACCAGAUUUUUUAUUAUUAUUUAAUUUAAUUUCAUGAUUAUCUUGUACAUUCUGCAGCUAGAACCUAUAAGCUUCACCUUGAAAAGUGCCUUUGUGUUUGAGGUACUAGAGCAUGAUUGUGUGUUUUAUCAUACAUUUUAUAAUGACAAAAUACAAUGGCUACUUUAGAAACACUAUAGAAUCUACAUCCCAUCUCAGUUGUUUUGUUGUUUGUUUAUACGACAUUUAUUUAGCCGUAUAUAGUAUAGUAUAUUAUUUGUAUAUAGUAUAGUAUCAUACCUUUGAAUAUCUUUACAGUAUACUGCUUGCAUAUUAACAAAAAACUGUAAUAAACAGUAUAUUAAACUAGGUAUUGUGCAUGCUUCAGGAGCAAACAGGAGGGAAAUGCCUUUACAUUUAAACAAUUUUACAUCUUUAUUGUGCUUAGUGUUGCUCAUGCUGUGAUUUUAACAGAUAUUGCAUCCAAUGCGUGAUUGUAUUUGCAUUAAUAUUAAUAAAAAAA